AUAGAAUAGGGAUUUUGAAAAGUUUCAAAUUGUAAUGUUUAAAAUAAUUUUGUUUGAUUUUCGUACUUUGUAUUUCCUUUUUCGGCAACACCCCGAAAUUUAUUUUAAUUGGAGUGGGGAUAAACCUACCCUCUCCUAGUUUUUGGAUGACUUUCUGGGGCAAUACUUCUAUAAAUUCAGAGUGCUCUUGCUGCUCACCCUGGUUGUUUUUCGAUUUGACUCAAAACGAUAAACGAUCAUUUUUUCUAGACAGUGAACUUUUGUGCGAACUUGUUGUUUAAUUGUUACAAAUAUGCAACGAGGAAAGGCUUUGGUCAAUCUGGCGUUGUCAGGAAUGUCAACUCUUGCAGAGGAAAACUUUUGUCUAAUGCAAAAAGUUGAGGACAAAAAAUUCUUCAUAAAGCGUGAAAAUGAAUUAACGAAAGUCGGAAAACAUGGCAAAGAGGAUUUGUACAGUUUUUCUGAUAAGGGAAAAAGCUGCCAUGGUAUUUUGAUUACGAAAAACAAAUCCAAAAGUGAACUAGAAAAUCAAAUCUCCUUUUUAAAAAUGUUUACGGAAAAACAAGAACAUAUUGGUGGUUUUGUUCGGACAGAUCAGAUCAGAGUUGAUCAAGCACAAGCAUCAUCGUCUUCGACUGUGGCAAUAUCAAGAGAUGAGGGAGAUGAAACAAACGCUGACAUUCAGAUACCCAGUGAGCACGUUGAACCAACGCUUACACCUGGCUCAUCUCUUGACAAAUCCGAUAGGAGCAGAAUUAAAUCUGUUUCACGUCGACUAUUUCCGUCUUCUACCUCUGAUGUCAUAGGAGACCAACCUGGCGAGGGGACUUCACAGAUUUUUCUUCCUCCAAAUACGGAGUCACGUGAAUUGACAAAAGCAACACAUCGCAGAACUAGUAAUAGGAAGGCACAUUUUUGCAAGUUUUGCGAUAAAAAAAUUGUCUAUCUAUCCCGGCAUCUGAAAACGGCCCACGAAGCAGAAGCAGAAGUUAAAAGAUACGUUGAAGCGACAGGCUCGUAUAAAAACCGUUUAUUUGCAAAAAUAAAGGGCGACGGGGAUGAAAAAUACAAUCGAGAACAUCCUCUGUCCCCUAUUGUUUUAAAAUGCAAUAAGGUUGGAAGUAAACGACACUCUCGUAUUCCAUGCACAUCUUGUAAUAAUCUCAUUAGUUCUAAGAAUUAUUUUCCUCAUUUAAAAUUAUGCAACGAAUCUAUAUUUGCAAAUAGGAGAGUAGAGAAACAGCAUGCGAAAGUACGAGCUUUGUCAUUACCUCCAACUUUGAAUGAUUAUUUAAAAAAUAUUAUAAUGCCGAAAUUGCGGGAGGGUAAUACUCGGUCAUUGUUAUUAAAAGACCCCUACUUAAUAGAGCAUGGUAAUAUGCUGAGCGACAAAUAUGCUGGAGAGGAUCAGCACAAAAUGAUUUUAUCACAUAUUAGGACAAUUUCAAAAAUUAUUUUCAAAAUUAAGGAAAAAGUUUACAUAAAAGAAAAUGUAGUGCUUGAUUCCUCCAGGGAUUGUUUGACGCCCAAAACGUAUGGUUAUUUUGUGGAGGCUAUUAGGGAAAUGGGAGGUGCCGGUCAAGGCCCGGGGGGAGGUUACGCGAAACCAUCUGUUGUGGACCAGUAUGGAAGAACAUUUCGGAAUUUUGCUAAAACGGUGGCUUACAAACUUCGCUUAGAAGAAGAUGCAAGUAACAUUAAACAAGUUAAGGAAUGGCAAGACAUCUUUGAUGAUUCAUUUUCCGACCGAGUUUCAAGUGUAGCUCGGAAGCAGGCAGACCGAAAGACACUUAUACAACGUCAGGCCAUUCCAAUCAUGGAAGACGUACAAAAAUUAAUUAAUUUUGUUAAAAUGAAAUUAGAAGAAUCCUUCACCGCGUUAGAGGGAGGUUUUAAUGAAAAAGCUUAUAGAAUGUUUGUAAAAGUCCUGCUACUAAAAUUAUGGAUCUUUAAUAGGAAGAGGGUUAAAGAAAUAGAUCAAAUCACUGUUGAGGAUUGGUACAACGCCCAAGAGGUAGACGAGAGAAGCGAUGAAUACCUCUCUCUUAGUAACUCAGAAAAAUUAUUUGCAUCUUCUUUUAAACGAUUAUGCGUGAAGGGAAAAUUAGGAAGAGUGGUAGCUUUGUUAGUUUUAAAAGAGGAUCUUAAGUAUUUUAAUAGAAUGUUAGAGUUGAGAUCAGUGGCCGACGUUGGACCAAAUAACAGGUUCCUGUUUGCACGGGGGGAAUCAUUCGUAGAAGGAACCGCGGUGAUGCGAGAAUUCGCGAAUGAAUGUGGGGCUGAAAAUCCUACCCUCCUAAGAGGGACCAAGCUAAGGAAACACUUGGCUGUAAGCCUUCAGUAUGUCAGCUUAACAACUGAAGACUUAAGGCAAGUGGCAGAAACGUUAGGCCAUCGGGAGGAAACCCAUUUAAAAUUUUAUAGGCAUCCUGUUUCUGCGUUACAUCUCGGCCGGAUUAGCAAGCUAUUUACAGCGUUAGAUAAGGGUAGAAUUCAAACAUUCAAGGGACAGCCUCUUGACAGCAUUGUAAUAGAAAAUUUGGAGGAUUUAGGAACUCAACCCUCCACGGUUCUUCCCAAUACACCACCACAAAGCUUUCAGGAAGGCUUUAUAAAUCGGCAAAAUUUAAAUACUUCUCCACAACCUGGUUGCUCAUACGCAGUACGAGAUAGCCCUGAUUACGAACGGGGGGAAACAGAUACAUCCAGUGAAGAGGAAAUUCUGUUACCCCGCGGUGAAACUCCUGGGAGAAAGCGAAGACAUGCCCCCCGAUUAAGACAACGCAAACGUUUUCGUUGGUCGAAAGAAAUAAAAGAUGAUUUGAGGGUGGAAUUUAAUGAGGAAAUUAACAACAGUAAAUUACCUGGAUUUGAUAGGAUAAGGCAGGGGUGUAGAAAGUUAUCGAAUAAGCAUAAAUCCCUCCUUAUUAUGAGCCCCAAAUUGGUCAGGGGGGCAAUUAAUAAUAUUAUUCAACAAUUAAAAAUGAAUAAAUAAAAAAUAUUUUAUUAUAAAAUUUAUUAUUAAUCAGAUGUCUUUUUGCAGAUUACAACGUGCACCGUGGUUUCUUUUAUCUGUAUAUUAUAUACAUAUAUAUUUUUUCUGUGAAUAUUUUGUCAAUAUUUUAAAUUGAUUAAUUAUUUAGUAUUAUUUUCCUUCAAUAGGUUGUUGUAUUACGUUUAUUUGUUUGUUGUUGUAUUUCUUGUUAUUUGCUAUUAUUUAUCACAUUCCAUACGCGGCGACAA